AUGAGGCGAAUUUUGAGAUGCGUAAUUGUUUUUUUAUUAGCAGACAAUGCUAUGGUCAAUUUUAGGUUAUUUGCUAGAGGAAUGGCGAAUGUCGAGAAGUCGUUUGCCGAACACGCUGUGGUGCCGGAUGUCGUGCCCGUGGCCCCGACUUCCUUGUUGAAGAUAACCUAUCCAAGCGGAGUGGAAGUGGAGGAAGGCAAUGAGAUUACUCCAACACAAGCGAAGGAUCAGCCCACUGUGUCGUGGGACACUGAGCCGAAUGCCUUCUACACUAUCGUUAUGAUUGACCCUGAUGCGCGAAACCGUGAAUGGCAACACUGGCUGGUGGGCAACGUUCCUGGAUCGGACGUUUCUAAAGGCGACGUCCUCGCAACAUACGUGGGCGCUGGACCGUCACCAGGCACCGGUCUACACCGAUACGUCUUCCUUGUCUACAAGCAACCGGACAAGAUUGAAUUCGACGAGGAGCGCCGGCCUAACGUUUCCCCAGACGGGCGCUUGGGUUUUUCGAUUGCAAAAUUUGCGGAAAAAUACAACUUUGGCAAACCAGUCGCCGGCAAUUUCUACCUGGCGCAGUAUGACGACUACGUACGCUUGCUCAACAAGGAACUUGGCGAAUAA